GUUCAAUUUUACAUUGAAGGAUUUAACUACUUGCACUUACAAAUUUUCACAUUGUUAGGUUGCUUGGUUGUUCUUGUUUCUUUUAUCUUAAUAAUGGCAGAACAUGAGAGGUCAGCCACCAAUUUGACCAAUUACUGUGUAGUAAAACACAUGCCAGGUAAUAUAAGUUUUCUAAAUAAUACACUGCUCCUUUUGUGCCUCUUAUCUGAGCAGGUACAUGUUUACAAACCCAAUAUUAGAUCUAACUUCCUGUAUAUCACAUUAUUUUCAGUUUAUUAGGAAGAUUGUGAAUUUUUAUUUAAAAAAAAAAUUGGAAUUAAUUCUAGUUUUGUCCAAAUCAUGUUUCCUCAAGGACUGAAACCCCACUGAUGCUUAGUUCAGUAGUGUGCAUAGGCCAGAGAAACUAUUAAAUGUUCUUGGGUGUGUUUUUCUUUCUGCAGACCUUUCAUAUGUAAAUACAAGUGGGGAUAAAAUUAAUGAGACUGGGGAAAUUUAUGUCCUCAGGUUUAUGAGCCUAUGCCAGCUUCACAGACAAUUUAGCAAAAAGAAAAAAGAUGGUCUUUUCUUGUACUAAUUGUUAUUCUUCCCUCUCUUCUUCCUGUUUUGACAGGAUAGAUAAAUUACAUAAAAAUUCUUCUGGUUUGCAUGCAGCAUUUCACUGACUUUGGUUGUGAAGGCUCAUCAUAUGCUACAGAUAACUUGAAGAGAUCUUGGACAGUUCUUGAAGAUUGUUUGACUGCAUUUUGAAUUGCAUUUGCAGAUAAGUGUUGCAAUCCAGCACAUGCCUAAGUAUGCACUCUGCUAACAUGCUUCUGAGAAGAAUUGUAAGAAGUUCUGUCCUUCCAUUUGCCACACAACAUGGGAUGAAAAAGGAUUUGUUUCCACUCAGAAGAACUCUGAGUUUAUCACUUUGUCUGAAGCAGGACAAAUCAUGUGAACCCUCAGAAAAACUGGAUUUGGAUGAGUGGAAGAAGGUAAUGAAAUCUGGGUUGCAAGAAGAGGUCAGUGAGAUGGUCUCAGAGCCAAAGGAGCUUUCCAGUUUGGCUGCUGCACGUGAGACUUUGGAGAUGUGGAGGCUAGCUGGCAGAGCAGUUCCAGAAAAUAUGAGUGAAGAACAGCUAAAAACCUUUAUGGAGUGUCCUUCUAAGUCAGCCAAAAAGAAGUAUUUAAAAUAUUUGCAUCUCAAAGAACUUCACAAGAAAAAUGACAAGAGAAAGAUGGAUGAGAGAAGGGAAAGGAGGCUGGAAGCACAAGAUCAAGAUUCAAAAACAGAGGAGACCAAGAAGACUCCAUUUGUGUGUUUAUGGUCCCGCACCAUGGACAAAGCAUACAACUGGAGGGCUGCUCAGUCCAUGAUCUUUGGCCAGCCUCUGGUAUUUGACAUGUCUUAUGAAAAGGACAUGUCUGUGCGAGAAGUCUCAAACACAGUGAGGCAGAUAGUAAUGAGUGAGAGCAGCAAUCGGAGAUCUGUGGAUCCAUUCCACAUCCACUUCUGUAACUUCAAAGAUGAUAGCCUCUACCACAGGGAAUUCAUCAAGAAUUAUAGAGAGGCCUGGGACAAACUGCUUAUCACAGUGACAGACCAGUGCUACACAGAAAUCUUUCCCAAGGAGAAGCUCAUCUAUCUGACAGCAGAUUCUCCCAAAGUAAUGAAAGCAUUUGAUCAUGAUAAGAUUUAUAUUGUUGGGUCAAUGGUUGACAAGAGCAUUAAAAGAGGAGUCUCCUUAGCACGGGCAAAGCGGUUGGGGCUGGAGACUGCAGCCCUUCCACUGGAUAAGUAUUUGCUGUGGAGUACCGGUGCCAAAAAUCUCACACUGGAUCAAAUGAUGCAUAUUUUAUUAACCUUGAAAGAUACAGCUGACUGGAAGAAGGCUCUGGAAUUUGUUCCCAAAAGGAAAUACUGUGACUUUGUAAACAAGCCUGUAAAGGAAUUGAAAAAAACAUUAGACCUGAUCAGCACACUCAAACUUGGAAAGGGACGGGAAAAAGUAGAAAAGCAAUUUGCCAAAAACUACCCCAAGAGGUAUAAACUAAAGCAAAAGUAGAGUGAUGGGGAGGAAAAUGAAUUUUUUACACACAAACUGUGCCGACUUCUUGGUGCUCUGUUCAGCUUUUAAUCUCAGAACAUGUUUUGUUGCUUAUGUUUGAAAUUACCAUCAUUAAGAGUUGGGUUUUUUUAAUUACUUUAGUAGUCCAGCUGUUUAAAUUUAUUCACACAUAAUUGAAAUGAUGUAAGAGAAAUGAGAUAAUCUGUUGUAAAAAAAAAAAAUAACUCCACAUGAAGACUAUCAGUCUGUUCCAUUGAACUGUGCUUGAGCAAGGGUGAUUGUUACUGAAUGCAAAGGUCUUCAGACUGCUUUGGAGGCUGUCUACAGUUUUAUUCUGUAAGAUCGCUAAGAUGAAGUAGAAGAGACCUCUCCCAUUACUUCCUGAACAUCUUGUGUGCAAAUGAAUUGACUUUGAUAACUGACCUAAAUGGUUAAAACCUUGUGUGAGUUUGGGGAACUGCACAAUUUAUUUCUGGAUGUUCUAUCUAGCACAAAUAAAGUCCCUGUUUGGAAGGAA